GCCAUAAUCGGCCAGCCGCUUUGGAGAUCAAUCUCCACUGCGCUACGGUGGUGCUGAGAUGGUUGGGAUCCUGCUACUGCUAUGUCUCCCCUUCAUCCUGUACUUGGCCACGCCAAAAAUCAGGAAAAUGCUGUCCAGUGGGGUGUGUACAUCUACUGUCCAGCUUCCCGGGAAGGUAGCCAUAGUAACCGGCGCUAACACAGGCAUCGGGAAGGAGACAGCUAGAGAGCUGGCCCAAAGAGGAGCCCGUGUAUAUUUAGCUUGCCGGGAUGUGCAAAAGGGGAAACUGGUGGCUAGCGACAUCCAAGCCACCACAGGGAACAGUCAGGUCCUGGUGCGGAAACUGGACCUUGCUGAUACCAAGUCUAUUCGAGCCUUUGUCAAGGACUUCUUAGCCGAGGAAAAGCACCUCCACAUUCUAAUCAACAACGCAGGAGUGAUGAUGUGCCCCUACUCGAAGACCGCAGAUGGCUUUGAGAUGCACAUUGGAGUGAACCAUUUGGGUCACUUCCUCUUGACCCAUUUGCUGCUGGAAAAGCUGAAGGAAUCAGCCCCAUCACGGGUGGUCAAUGUGUCUUCUCUGGCACACCAUCUGGGAAGGAUCCACUUCCAUAACCUGCAGGGCGAGAGGUUCUACAAUGCAGGUCUGGCUUACUGCCACAGCAAACUAGCCAACAUUCUCUUCACUCAGGAACUGGCCAGGAGGAUGAAAGGCUCUGGAGUGACAACGUAUUCUGUCCACCCUGGCACUGUCCAUUCUGAAUUGGUCCGGCACUCAUCUGUUAUGAGGUGGUUGUGGAAUCUUUUCUUCCUGUUCAUCAAGACCCCUCAACAGGGAGCCCAGACAAGCCUGUACUGUGCCUUAACGGAAGGUCUGGAGAACCUAAGUGGCAGUUACUUCAGUGAAUGCCACCUGGCCUGGGUCUCUAGCCAAGGUCGUAAUGAGACGAUAGCCAGGCGGCUGUGGGAUGUCAGCUGUGAUCUGCUGGGCCUCCCUAAUGAUUGCGUUUCUAGUGGUAUCACCGACUAAGACAGAAGACCCUCAUAUGACCUACACAGUUCCUAUUUUCCUUUGGAAACCUACUUCUACCAAGGAGCAUGGAAGCCCUGUUAGGAUUGGGGCAUGGCAGUGUGGGUUAGAUGGAGCUCCUCUGAACCAACCAUCCUCUCCCUGAAGAACUCCAUUGUAACCUCAGACAAGCCCCAGGAGUCCAGUGACCUGGCUCGAGAGCAGGCCUCUGUGCCCCCAGCAUCUGGAUACUUCAGGAAAGUCUUCACUAAAUCUGGCAAUCUGAAGCUUUUGCUGCUGACACACUUUCCUACAUCCAGACCACAGAAGAGCUUCCUUCUCUAAGAAGUUUGUGGAGUUUGAACGGCAGAAAUAAAAGUAAAGCCAAGCUGUCAUUUUCCUACUGUUUUUUAGCCUAGUAAGGAGGCAAUGAAAGGAGAGCCGUGAGAUGAUAGGUCACUUGGCUUCAUUACUGACUCUAGACGCAUGGGAAGCCUCUUUUCUGUGCCUUAGUUUCUCUUAGGAAAUUAGAAAAGGAAAGGCCUUUUCAUUGUCUUUGUGUCUUCUUGUUCGUUUAUGCAGUUGGGAGUGCUUCCACAAAAUUCACAACAGCCACGCAAAGGAAAAGUCCUAAAUCCGACUACUGUAGACAGAUGAGCAGAGAUGGCACAAACCACUGUGGAGUCUCUGAUGUAAAUGAGUACAGUUGCAAAGCGAGGGGGACACUGUAUAUGUGGGAAUCAGUCACUGAGAAGCACAGAGGCAGCAAGGAAGAAGAUUAAGGAAAGAAAAAUCCUAGGAAGUAAUGCAUGGUAAUGAAGGGAUCAGCCAAGGAUCUAAAACCACAACCGAACAGUAGCAAUAGACACGCCCACUAUUUUAACCACCAAGGAAAAGUCCAGAGCACAAGAGUGAAAACUUACCAAGUUUUGAUUCAUAAAAUUUAUCCUAAGGACUGACACUUGUAAUUACAGUCAGUUUCACAGACUUUCAGAGCAUUUAUUACAUUAGCUUAAUAAGAUGUCAGUUUCAGUGAGGCAUGUGGAGAGAUGGAGUAGCCUUAGUAUUGGCUGCUGUCCCAGAGGACCCUGGUUCAGUUACUAGGACCCACAUGGUAGCUCACAACCAUCUAACACCUCACAGUUCUAGAAGAUCCGACACCCUUAUCUACCCCCAUGGAUAGUACAGGAAUACAGGCAUUCGUGUAUAAAUAAUUCUGUAAAAUAAUAAAUUAGAAAAUGUCAAUUUCAGGGUUAGAGGUGGGUGCUUUCCUGGUAUGUGUAAGGCUCUGGGUUUGAUAUCUUCAAUUUACUAGAAUCCUGUGCUCUAUUUGGAGGGCUUUAUCAAAAGCAAUGCAGGCCAAGGGUGUCGGAACCCCUCAUGUUCCCACACUUGUUUGGAGGCUGCUAUUCUGUGGGAGUUUGCCAUUUUCUUAGGCUGAUGAUUAUUUCUUAAGCUUGAAUAUGUAAGACUGAUAGGACCAUGAUCCUUAACUUUAAAUAUUUGUAAAUUGAUUUUUGUGGGCUUGUUCUGACCAAUAAACUAUACAUCUAAAAAUUAGUUUAUGGGGAAAGUGAGAACAUUUUGACAAUGCAAUGAAUAACUGAAUUCAUAUUUGACUGAGAAUUUAUAUUCACCUGUCAAUGAAAAUAAAGGUUCUUUUCAAUUA